CUUCCCACUUUCACUGCUACCCGCGCUUCUGCUACUGUGUCGGUUGUUGAGGACACUGCUGCCGUCUCUGCCGCUGACUGGCAGAAACGGGGCAAGGGUGGCAAGAAGGGCGGGAAGGGAGGUGGAGGAGGCGGUGGUGGUGGCGGAGGCGGCGGUGGUGCCCCAGGAGGAGGGAGCCUUGGAGGAGGUGCAGGACAGACAGGCCCGCCUACUGGCGGUGUUCAGACCGGCAGGGGUGUCGGACCUCAGCAGUAGCAGCCACAGCAGCACAAGCCACAGCAGAGAUAGCAGCACCAGCAGGGACAGCAGCAGCAGCAGGCACCGCAGCAGUUCCAGCCUUGGGGGCCCCCACUGCAGUGGGGUCCGCAGCAGCACUGAGGCCCCCCGCCGCAGUGGGGCCCAAGAGGACCAGGGAGCUCCGGCCGCAGCAGCAGCAGUUCCAGCUGGGCCCCUCGCCCCCCUCGCCGUGACACUGGCCCCUGUGACCACUGGUGCCUCACCGGACUGGGCAGCCUCUGCUGUGGCGUCCCUGUCCUUCACGCUGGACUCUGGCGCGUCGCAGUGCUUCUUCCGCGACCACACGACACUCACACCGCUUCUUGCUCCAGUACCGGUUGCCCUAGCUGAUCCUUCCUCAGGACCAGCCAUGGCACGCAGCUCUACCACCCUCCCGUGCCCUGUGGUCCCCUCUGGUGUCCUGUGCGGCCUCCACAUCCCCUCGUUCACUCGGAACUUGGUGGGUGUUGGAUACCUCCAGGACAGGGGGAUCACCGUUACCUUUGUGGGGGGUGGGCGGACUGCAGUCUGUACGGACGUUGUCACUGGCAGAGUUUUGGCCACGUUCACCAGGGAGCCGCGCUCCGAUCUCUACGUCCUCCACACCGAGCACUCCCCGGUGUCCACGUCACCUCAGGUCGCUGCGUCCCCCCAUGUUCCUGCGCCUCCACCGGUUGUCGAGUCCAGUCAGGUAGUUGCGUCCCCUCCGGUUGUCGUGUCUGGUCAGGUUGUUGCGUCUUGCUCGUGUCAGUCUUUCACCAACCGGACCGUCCUGUGGCACCACCGUCUUGGCCACCCGUCGAUCCCUCGCCUCCGCACUAUGGCUAGUCAUCGUCUUGUCUCAAGUCUCCCUCGCGUCUUACCGUCGCUCCCUCCCUCGCCUGCACCCCCGUGCACUCCUUGCAUUGCCGGCCGUCUUCGUGCCGCUCCGCACUCCUCCUCUCUUCGCCCGGCCACUGCUCCUUUCCAGACACUCCACUUGGAUGUCUGGGGCCCUGCACCUACACAGGGACCUGAGAGGGAGCGCUACUUUCUGGUGGUCGUCGACGACUUCUCCAGGUACACCACGGUGUUUCCUCUCGCGAAGAAGUCCGAGGUGACUUCUACGCUGAUUCGGUGGCUUCUAGCCACUGAGGGCACUCGUGGCCGUCGUGUCUCCUGUCUCCACUCUGACCGUGGGGGUGAGUUUCGCUCAGGCAUUCUUGCCGGAUUCUGUGGCGAGCAGGGCAUCGUACAGUCCUGGACGCUGUCGGAGUCCCCACAGCAGAAUGGGGUUGCUGAGCGCCGCAUUGGCUUGGUCAUGGACAUCGCCCGCACGUCCAUGAUUCAUGCCCAUGAGCCCCAUUUUCUGUGGCCCGCUCACCAGUUGAACCUCCAGCUGCGCGUCUCGCGGCCAGAGGCUUCACCGACCAGUCUUUGGACCAGGUCCCCUGGUGUUGGGUCAGCCUGUUGUGUCUGGGGCUGCCUUGCGCUUGUCCGCGACACCUCUGCGGUCAAUCUCUCGGCUCGCGCCGUCCCCUGUGUCUUCCUUAGUUUCCCAGUAGCCUCGGCCGACUGGUCCUUUUACCACCCGCCCCUCCACCACUUCCUAGACUCCCGUGACGUCCGGUUCGACGAGUCAGUGUCCUACUACACCCGGUACCCCUGUAGAGGUCUCUCGGUUCCCCCUCCCCCCCUUUUCCUCGCACCCUCUCUUCCCCCUGCUCCCGCUCCUCCGGUUACUGUGGACUCGGUUGGUGUUGGAGCUGGAGGUGCAGCCACUGGCGAUGCUCGGUCUGGGGGUGCUCGUUCAAGGGGUGCUGGAGCUGGAGGUGCUGGCACUGGAGGUGCUAGUUCUGGGGGUGCUGGAGCUGGAGGUGCUGGCACGGGAGGUGCUAGUUCUGGGGGUGCUGGAGUUGGAGGUCCUGGCACUGGGGGUGCCAGGACAGGGGGCGUUGGAGCUGGGGACCCUGACCCUGUUGGUACCCCUUCUGGGGAUACUGGUUCUGGGGGGUGCUAG